GUCGGCACAUAAAUAGAAUACCCGAAGCAAAGCUGUAUGCAUGAGUGAGAUUUGUAUGAAAGAAAGUCUUUAUUUUGUGACAGAUGAAAUCCAACUCACUGUUAUUUGGAGGGUGACAUGUUGGCCGCAAGAAAAGGCAUAGUUCAGAAGCUAUGCAUUUCAUUGUAGCGGAUUUUUGUAUCCAUAGUUCCAAGAGAAAAGCCGACCAGACCGAUCGCGGUUUGUAUCUCUGUGUAGAAUGACCGAUGCUCGCAAGCCGCGAAGAUGCCAGGUUAUAAUGCUGGACGAUCGCCGGUUAGAUCUUUUGGUUCAGGUAACGUAAAUGUCUGUUUUGACCAGCCCGACGAUUUAAAAAGUUCGCAAAAGCCAGUGGAUUUGUUACAGUGCGGCUAAUAUCAUAUGUGAAUAUGUUUCCCGCUUUCAGCCUCGUCUUAUGGUUGGCGAUCUACUGGAUAUGGUCGCUUCUCAAGUCGGGCUACACGAAAAGGAAUAUUUCGGUCUUUCCUACCAAGAUGACAUGUAGGUUGAUUAGUAUUAUUUGUGCAAUGAUUUUAACAGCUUAAACGGUUUAUUUUGCCCAGUAAAGACACGCUAAACUUGGCAUAUAAGUGAUGUAAACAUUUCGCUGUCGUUCCUUCUAAAACCACUAGCUCUCUGAACAAGUUUUUUCAUUUAGUUUUGUAAAUGUUUCAAUUUUUUCUUUUAAAACCAUGGAAGCCCCUGGGCGGAAACGUAUACUGUUUGCCAGUUUAAAACCAUUUCAAGACACUUUAUAGCUUAACUCGUUGUCUUAAGGAGUAUGUUUAGGUUAAUUUGAUGUGUUCCAGUUUUCAUUGUGAAAUUAUCCAAAUUCUCUCCAAUUUUGCUCUGGCGUUCCUCGCUGGGCUGAAACUAGUAUUUCACUUUUGUCUCGCUGUUACACUUGGAUUGUUCGAAUUUAUUAAGUUAGUUCUCAAAUUUGAAAUUCCCAAUUUAAUAAUUUUAUUUCCUCUGGCAAAUUUACCGGUUUUCGAGUGCAUAAAACAUAUAGGCUUUUAGAUUUGAAUAUUUUGCCCUGUUAUCCUUAGGGGGCAUUGUUGUUUUUUCUCACAGAACCUUGCUGAUUCCUCGCUGUUUUUAGUCCGUAUGUUCAAGGCUCAACGAGUGAACAUAUUCGCUCAUCAAAACAAAUUGAAUUUCAUCGCUAUACUUAGCACAAGGGUUACUAGGCGCUAGAUCAGACUAAUUACGCUAAUCACGUUUGGACGGUAAAAUUUUUGUCACAUGUAUAACCUCGAAACACGUUAUUUUUCUUUACACACAAACCACUUUUGUUGUGUGUUCAGAUCUGUAACAUAGUUCCUGAACGUUAUGGAUUUCCGCAAAAGAAGCAAAUUUAAAGCAUUUCCUGGGUCAAUUCUGUACCAGGAAACUACGUAAAUAUAGCCAACUUUUGGCGCUGUUGGGUGACGAUAGAAGGGUGUUUUACAAGAGGAUGCCUCUAAUGAGAUUAGAGAUGUUCCUAAGGUUUUUAUGCGUCAUAUUCCUAUGUUUUCUAUACCCAAAGCAAACAGGGUGAAAUAUUGGAACUGCUUAAUUGAAUUCCAGUUAUUGGCAUCCCAACUUCUCAAUUCAUAUUUACUACAACAUAAACUUUAUUCUUCUAUUCUUCAAUGCCCUGAAUGACGAGAAAAGUGAUUUGAUUGCAUGUACCCUAUUUAAAAACAAAACCUGUCGUUUACAUGUAUGUGAAUAUUGCGAGUCAUUAAAGAUAUAAUUGAAUUACAUGCCUACUUACGAUUUAAGUUAUCUGCUUGGAAUAAGAAGUGACACCAGGAAAGUCUAUGUUACUGCCACUGGCUAGACAUGUCUUGAAUUUCUUAAGAAAAUAACACAAAUAAAAUAUUGAAACCAUCAGACGCAAUCAUUGGAAAACAUUUUUAGUUUCAUUUGAGCUUUAAGUGUAUUUAUAGUUUUGGUGAGUUGUAAGUGUUUACAACAUCAUGCAUUACAGAGAAACUCAAGUGGCUUGUGUUGCCCUAAUCAUGCAUCAUGUCAUAUUGAUAAUCAUUAUGGGUUUAUGGAAAUAGCAAACAGUGGAAGUCACUGCAUACAAUAACUGAGCAACAUGUCAGGUUAAAAUGAAACUUUUGUCCAAAGAAAUGUAUUGUUUGAAUUUUAAAGGCAUUGAAACAGUAUAUUAGGGGUUAUGGAUGAUCUUGGAGGUGAAACUUCCUCAUAGAUCACUGUUUAUGCUGGGUUGUGCUCUAGCAGAGCCCAGUGAUCCUCGGUGACCCAAUUUUUACACUCGGGCAACCAGAAAAUCUUAGUUUUUUCAUUCAAAUCAUAAUUAUACUUCUUUGCUGAGUACCAUAAAUUUUACAGGUUCAGAGUACUGCGCUCUCUUCCUUUUUCCUUAGAGCACAGACUUGUUAUUGUCUUUAACCCCCCCGGCAGUGAUUUUGCCAAUCAUACUUUUUAUGGGUUUUAUGGGUGAUUAACAACUAUUAAAACAAUGUCACUGCCUGGGAAAAAAAAAAGAAAAUUAACAUGUCCAUAGGAAUACAUAAUAUUAAUGCUUCAGUGUUCCAGCGAAGAUCCAUGAGCUUAGAAUUACUUUUCUUUCAAAACGUGACAAUCUUUACUUGCCUAUAGGGAAAUUUGUCUUGAAAGAUGAUAGCCCUUCUCUGAUGCACCACCAUGACAUUUUUUAGUAUUAUCAGCUUAAAACUUUUGCGACACUUAUCUUGGAUUUGUUAUAUCCAAAAUUGAGCUCUAUAGUAUUAAGUGAAAGAUUUUCUCUUUUUGUUUUGUUGAAUUUCAUGUUAACUUACCCAUAGAUGACUGGGCUAAGCUGAUUCAAGUGGUAAAAUGUACCGCUUGAAUCAAGUCAACUCAACCAUAAGGAAGUUAACUUGAAACUCAACAACAAUAAAUAUUUAAUACUUAAUUGCAAUGUAAUACUCAGGGUUUUUCCUGCUUUUGGAUUGGUCAAAGUUGUUUUUUUUAUUAUUUCAAUAAAUUGAAAAUAGUAAACUUGUUUGUACAUGUUCAUCUUAUAGCUUUAAUUAAUGGCCACUUACUUAUAUACUAGUGAAUAAUAAUGUCUUUAUUAAGAAAUAAGACUCAAAUUGCAAUUGCAAGCGAAAAAUGCAAUGUUAGUGUGUAAGAAGAAAAAAUGAUUAAAACAAAAUUGAACAUCACAGAAAUAUCAUAUGAUUGAGUUUAGAAGAUUAGGUUCCGUCUUUACAGUCUAAAAAUGUAUUGUAUUAUAUAAAUAUCUUAGAACAAAUAAAUAAAUAUUACUAGUUAUUGUGGAGACUAUAUUUAGAGAAGGUGACACUUGCCAGUUACAAUAGGAAUGUACAUGUAUAAGUGCACUACUUAACAGCAGGUUUUGUAAAGUUAAAGCUAAGCUCAAGGUUUUGAUUUUGCAAGUACCGGUACUACAAAAUAUUAAAGUUUCAACUGAUAAAAUUAUUAAUGCAUUUAGUUUUUUCUCUGUAUUGGAGAAGAUUUGAAAGUUUGCUGCUGCCUGACUAGUAACCAAAGCCCUCUUUUACACCCGACCCAUAUGUAUGUUACAAUAAAUAUUAAAAUAAUAAAUAUUUUAAUAUUUCAAAGGCAAACCAGUGUGAAUAAUUGGGUUCAUGACUUUCUAUUAAACAAAAUCAAUGUGGUGACACUUACAUGCAGAUGGGACAAUAUUCGUCUAUUCUACGGAGAGUAAUUUUGGGUCUUUUGGUUAGUAUUUUACAUUAAUUAGCAAAUUAAGGAUCCCAGUAUUUUUCUGUUAGAAUAUUUAUAGUGAGGCCACAUCUACAUUUUCAUUCAUGAAAUCAUCUUUUAGUUUUGCUAUAGAAUUAAGUUCCUUUGGGAAGGUUGGGGUGACAUACUCAGCCAUGAAAAUGAUGUCAUUUAUUUAAAGGAGAAAUUUUGACAGGGAUAACUGAAGAAAAUAAUGGCCAUUUUUCCAGGAAGUGAUGUUCUUAUCUUUAUGAAUGAAAAUUCAUGCCUUUCCUUCCCUAGGAGUAACCAGAACUGGUUGCGACUCGACAGGCGGGUUUUAGAUCAUGACCUUCCAAGAUUUCAGGAGCCUGUCUUACUUGUGUUCUGUGUCAGGUACAAAAAGUGAGAUUACAUCUUUAUAAAAGACUGUUCUUUUGAACUUGGUCCAUGGAUAAUGUUAUUUAAGUUGGUUAUCAUCUCUGCUGCGAAAGCAGCAAAGAAUUGUAAAGAUUGUUAACCUUUGAAAUUAUUAAUAAUGAACACUGUAUUUCAGCACUUGUGUGUGUUGUUGGUCAUUUAAUGUUACCUUUCCUAAUGAAAUUAGCUAUUAAUUUAGAUGAUAGAUUCUCCAGAAGUCACCUAAUAAUUAAUUAUAGGUCACUCUUGACAGGGAUUUAAAAUGCAUACCCCAAUAUCCUUGUUUUAUCAACCGGUUAAUUGAUGUAUUUCCUGUAGAUGAGACCCCACAUCUGGGAUGAAUUCAUGCAUCUGGAGAUUUGCUUUCCCUGCACCCAUUUCCUCUAUAGUACAUUUUGAGCUUAAAGCAGGAAAUCGGUUAGGGUAUCUGUUGUAGGUGUCUGUUCUCAGGUUAAAACAGAAUACCUUUGUCUGAUAUAAAUAGCUAGGGCUAAGAAACAAAAGAAAUUGGGAGUAAAUCUCUAUUUAAUACUUGUUUAACCCUGAGAGUGGAACACUACCCUUCUAACCGCACCAGAUGUAUCCUAAUAAUAGAAUGAUAAAUUGUCUCAUGACUUAUGCUAUUAGGCGAGGUUAAUAAUCAACAGUUAUUGAGUGAGGUGUUUGUGAUAUCCAACUGAUGUGUGGAGUCAAGCUGCAGUGCUGUCUUUAAGGGCUGGGGGCUAGGGGUUUCCCCUGGCUGUUAUGAACGUGCCCUCUGGGCCAGAACCAAAAGAACCCAGUGUUCUUAUCAGACCACGGCAUGGCCGCACUUUUUCAGGAAAUGCUGCUCUAUAAGUAGCCCAAAGGGUCCCAAGGGCACAAAGAAGGAAAAAAAGCUUAUUACAAAACAUACGUACACAUACGUACAUUUCCUUAUGAUAUAAGCCAAAAUUUAAUUGGUUAUGGCAUCUUUACUCUAACUCAGAGCUGUAAAACGUUGAGUUAACUGUAUGUAAAAAUUGGAUAUUAUUUUAUUAUCUAAGAAAGUAUGAAGGAUUUACUCUGACUCAGACCUGUGAGUUAAACUUUGAUUUACCUGUAUCUAAAAAUUGUGACGCAAAUUUCUCGCUCAUGACCCGGGGUCCACAGGACCCAUAGAGAAGCUAAAAGGGGGUGGAAAAUCCUGGUGAGAACACGGAGAACCUCCUAGCUGUUAAAGUCCAAAGAAAGUAAGUUUUACAGUUUGCCAUUCGGGCAAACUGUAGAUAGCAUGUACCAGCCCAAGAGUCAUUUUAACUUCCCUGAUAAACAUUUUUGAUGAGCAGGAUUGAUAAUUUGAAUUGCCCCCAAAAAAUUCACUUAAGCGUUGGGCAAGUUAAGAACAGAAUUCACCAGCCCAAUUGCAAAAUCCACUAACCCUGAGCUAUCAAACAUGACUUUCUUUGCACACUGAGCUGUUGAAAUCCUCACCUUCUAAAUAGAUGUUAUAGAGUGUUUUCACUCAUGUUGCACUCAUCUGUGCAAAUUUAUUGGAACAAAAGAAAGUGUUUACAUAAGAAAAGAGUUUAAUUCCCACAGGAUUGGUUAAUAAUUGGAACACCAACAUGGCUGCAGUUCCAUUGUUUUGGAACACAAAUAUGGCUGACGUGACAUCAUGUGAAAAUGCUCUAUUUUCUUUAUCUCCUAGCCCUAAUUAGUCAUGAAUUAGGGCUAAAGAUACAAGAAAUCAAUAAUCAACCCAGCUUAAACAAUUUUAACGUGAAUGUAAUUUUGAAUAAAAUGUAACUUAUACACCACAACUUGAUGUUUUAGUGACAGCCAAUAGCCCUGUAGUUCUGUGUUAUGCUACAGGCCAAAAUUAAAUUCAGGUUGAUAUUUUUUGAACCUAGACAAUAAUGUUGGUUGAGUCUCAAUCCUUUGUCUUUUAGCCUUAAUUAUUCAUAAAUUAAGACUAGGAGACAGGAAAUUUGGAAUCUACCUACAUGCAGGUUAAAACAUUGUUACCUGAAUUUAAUUUCCACUGACAACAUACGCAUGUCUGUGUACUUUAUGUUUGAAGAGGAUCUUCGCCACUUGUGUACUUUUUAAGCUUCUUGAGUAUAUUUUGGGGUUCAACUUUAUCCGUGGUUUAAAUUUUAUUCUGCUUUGUUUGUGGCUAUAGUAAUGUAUGAAAAUGAGUUUGAAACAAAAGAAGGAUAUAUGUAAUUUGAACCUGAUGUUUACUUUAACCUUUUUUUGUCAGGUUUUUUGUCCCAAAUAUUUUAAUCCUGAAGGAAUCAACCACCGUAGAACUUUUUUUCCUUCAAGCAAGAAUUCUUAUUUUUAAGGUAUGAUUUUAACUUUGCAUUUAUUACCAACCACUCAGUUUAAACUGGUUUUAUGCAUUCUUAGGUUCCUCUUAGUUUCCUCUUUGAAAUUAUCUGAUUUCAGUAUUUUAAAAUUUAUUAUGAUUUAGGGAACAAUUCAAUGUGACAGUGAAACUGUUUUUGAACUUGCUGCUCUUGCACUUCAUGCCACUAAUGGAGACUUCACAAGGUUUGUUGUCGUGCAAUAUCAUUAUUUGUAUGAUUUCCAGAAAAUUAUUUAGAGUGGUGACUUAUAAUAAAUCCUAAGAUUUUUCUUCACUUUUUUCUGUUUGGAGUCCCCAAAGACACCUCAAACCAAUGGAGGAGCAGUGGGGGUACUAAGAAUGACAGUGCCCCUCAAGAAAGUGUUAGUUCCCAGGCUUCUGCAAAGAGUUCCAAUGUGAAUCCCCAAUCAGAACACUGAAAAAGCAUUCUUGUUGAGAGCUAUUCAAAUAUUAAGUGUGCUACUUUUGAAAAAGGAGUCAGAAAAAAAGAACUUAAAAAGUCUCUUUUUAUUCUCAAGAAAAGAGUUUUGCAGUUUUACUCAGUUCUUAACUAAGUUAUUAAUAAACUAAUGCCCAAAAACUCGGCGUUAGAGAGGACUCGCUUGCUGUUCUGCAUCCCUUUUUUGUUUCUCAGCUGAACAGAACAUCUUAGACAUGUAUUCAUUUGUGCAUCAGGGAAGACCCUGAAAUACAAAGAUAUAUUUUGCUCAGUUUUUACAGUGGGAACAGUGCAUUUCAGCUAGACAUUUUUUUCUUAGAAUUUAGCAGGGAUAUAUAAACUCGUAACUGUCAGCAGAAUCGAUAGGUCUAGAGGAUUGUGGAGUAAGCAUAGUAUAACUCUUUUACAGUGAAGAAACAGCAAGAGCAGAUCUCCGGAAACUUCCUGUCCUCCCCAUGAGAACAUUGAAAGAACGUCCGUCAAUAAGUUCAUGGUGAGUUCAGUUGAAGUCUGUUUAUAGAAUUCUACAAUCCUGGGUAGGCUGUUACUAAACCAGCUACUAUGAUAGUGACUCCUGGCUACUUCUAAUUCAUUAGAAGCAAAAGGAAAAUAGAAACAAGAGAACUUCCUCUUUGUACAAUUCCCUGCCUACAAAUUACAUACACCUGGCAACUUGAACUCUUAGAGACGGCCCUGAUCUUCUCCCUGCCAGCUUUACUUUGCAUUAGUAAUGCAUAAAUUUAUUGAAGCAGAUAUAUCUACCCAUUCACCAACCAGUUACAGUGAUUUUGUUACUUCUGUGUCCUGUGUCUUUGACGCGGAAAAAUCCCUAAAGAUGCAAAAUAAUUUGCGGCACGUGUCCCGUAGGACGGAAAGAUCAAUUGAUCGAUCUGAAGAUGUUUAUGUAGAAUAUCCUGUUUGUGUGAUUUCUGUCGCUGUUCUUGUGGCUGUUGUUAAACGAUGCUUAUUUCUGUUAGUCUUUGUUGUGCUUUACAAUAAAAGGAGUAUAUUAUUAUUUCAGUAAACUGUAAUACAGAGUUUUGGAGUCUGUCUUCAGAUUAUCUGUGUGUUGCAAAAGACUCAGGGACUCAUAGUAAUGCAUAAAUUUAUUGAGGCAGAUACAUCCACCUAUUGAUCAGUCAGUUAUUUGAAUGAUUCAACUAUCCUGAGAGGAUAAUGUCAAGUUCUUAAAUGUUUUUUUUUAGUGAAGAUAAAGUCAUAGCAUAUUACAAAAAGUCUGCUGGCCAGACAAGAGGAGAAUCUGUUAUAAGGUAAACUAUUUAAAUAGAUGCCCAAUUAAAAAAUUUAAAUGCAGAAAGUUAUCAUUAACAAACUGUUGUGAUAAUUUCUACCAUUAUUAAAGCACUUCUAAUCCUGCCACUUAGGUAUCUGUGUAUUUUUCAAAGCUUACCCACAUAUGGUGUGCAUUAUUAUGAAGUCAAGGUAAGGAAAUCAUUACCGUAAUAAUAUUCUAAUGCUGGACGUUAACCAAUCUUCAAAACACAUUAAUAAUUCUCACAAAAAUGAUACAGAUACUAAUAUUUAGUAAUUUUGAGUGUCUUUGGCUGAGCUUUUAUUUUUGAUAUUCUUAGAGAAAAAUAAUUAGCAAUGAAAAAGGUACUGAUUUUUGGUAAAAAAUGGACAUGUUUGGGAAAUUUUUAAAGCCAGUUAAUAAUCGCUGUUUAUGUUUUAAACUUGACAAAAUACCCCUUUUCAUUGAAUAAACUAUACAUAUACACAUAUAGCAGUCAUAUCUUUGUGAAUGUAAACUAGCUUUAAGCACUCAUGCAUACAUGUACCAUUGUUUUUUUCACUGCAGGACAAGAGCAAUAUGCCCUGGUGGCUUGGACUUAGUCCUAAAGGAAUUGGUGUCUAUGAUCAUGGAGACAAAAUUAAGCCCAGAAAGGUACUCUUGUAAUAUUAUUGCCUUGCUUAAUUAGAGGAUCUUUUGACAUACAAUUUGUAAUGCAAUUCAUUUUUACAACAGAUUUUCUUGUGGAGUCAGAUUGAGAACAUUUACUUCCGGGACCGUAAAUUUUCCCUUGAAAUAAGGGACUCUUACAGGUUAGUUGUGCAUUGAAUGUUGCUGAAAAAGUUUGAAGACUAAAUCAUUAUUGUUCAAAUACUGUUAGGGCCUAUCUGCACUAGCAGACAAGUUUGGAUUUGCCUUUGAAAUCAUCGAAAGGUCACAAUUUUGCUUUUGAAAACAUUUAUCCACACUGGAAACUAUUUAGUCUUAACAGGCUGUGGCAUCUGUCAUACUUAAUAGAAAGAAUAAUGGCUUUACAACAAAUGAUUGACAAGAAAAACACAUUUUCAUUUAUUUAGUUGAUUUUGUCCAGUUUUUACCUGUGACAAAUUUUGUCCACAGCGCCUUUGAAGAUUGUACCAUACAAAGUACCGUAAAAACUCGUGUAUAAGCCGCACUCGUGUAUAAGCCGCACCCCCAACUUUCAAGCAUGAUUUUGAAAAAAAAAAACCAAAAAUGCGCUUUUGUAAAAAAGGUGAUCGUUUGUUCGCGCAUCAAAAUGUUCACAAAUAAACUUGAGGAAAUUUAAUGUUGUGUAUUUGCAGUGACAUUUUAAAUAAGUUAAUCAACUCUGAAAAUACCUUUUAAAAGGUUCUCUUUAAUCAAUUUCCCCAUUUCCUGCAAAAGACAACAGUUCUCUUCAUUGCUAAAGCCCACAGUUGAAAUGAAAAUGGAACGAUGGAACGAAAAUAAAGCGCUGGAGAAUGCUGCAAAACGAUUGCUUAGUAACCACGCGUAACGUUCGCUUUCGCAUCAGCUGUGCGUGGAUAUCAUGUUUGUAAAGACGUAUGGAAACCAUCGAUCGGGGAAAAGCUUGUUGCUAAACGAGAGUUUAACAACCCAAUGGACAAACACGCCGUGAAAGUAGUGAAGGACGACGAAACGGUCGGCCAUUUGCCUCACGAAUUCUCUCGAAUAGCAUGGUAUUUUCUUGCACGUAGUGGGGAAAUCAGCGUUGAAGUGAUCGGUCGCAGACGACACUGUAAGCAGCUGUGCGGAGGAAUGCAGAUUCCGUGCCAGUUAGAGUUUAACUGCUCAAACAAAGCGCAGAUGAAACGCUUAAAAGAACUACUGGCGAGCAAGAUUCAGGUAUAGAACCUGCAGAUGCAAACAAACGGCUCCUUUAGGAGCCACCACUUCUACUGAAAGCAAUGAUCAACGACAGGUUUCAAUAUGUUUAAUCUUUAUUUACUGAAGGUUUUCAGUUCAAUUUGUGACCCCUACAAGCCUGUUUACUCCCUUUGAGAGCAAUGGUCUCGUGUAUAAGCCGCACCCGCGAUUUUUUACUCAAAAUUUCGGCAAAAAGGUGCGGCUUAUACACGAGUUUUUACGGUAUGUAAAAUCACGACAAACCAUAUGCAUUUAUUAAGCAUUGGGGAUGACAGAGAAUUUGUCUAAAUGAACAGCUUUUCCGCUAGUGCAAAUAGGCCUUCACUUGUAAAAAAAUUGUAGGACAAUGAUAUAAUAAUCCUGUUAUUGAUAAAUAAAUAAUAAAUCAAUGAUAACUUAUUGGUGCUUGUAGCACAUACAUUGUUAUUUACAUGGUAAGAACUUUGUCUACCAUUCCUGAUCAAAUUAGAAUUUAGAAAUAUUGGUUAUUGAGAAGGGUUGAAAACCUGAGUACUUGGCAAAAACCUCUCAUGCAGAACAAGGGCAAGAACAAAAAAAAACUCAACCUGUCUUUUCCAGGAUUCAAAUCUAGGCGCCCACAAAGGUGGAGGAGGCAAGCAGGCACUCUUGCCACUGCAUCACCUUUGCUCUUCACUAAUAAUUAUCUGUUAAUAAUAAUAAUUAUUAUAGCCUAUUCCCCGGGCCGUGUAAAUGGCCUGAUGUAAUUCAGAAGAAUUUUUCCAAGAUGAGGAUGAUUGCAGAAGUUUUGUUUAGCUAAAAAAAGUGGCUGGCUAACCAACAAGAACUUGUGACUUUUUUAGUACACCAGAGGUAUUUUAAGUCAAGGGUAUAGUUGUACAAAACAACACCAAAUGUUUUCAAGACUUCCUUAACUUUAUUCUCUGUUGUUUUUGAUUCUACUCAAUAAAUAAACACUUUAAACAACUGAAAUAGAUACAUUUAGCUAUAAGGCUAUCUUCAUUUCUUUACUUUGUAUUAAUGGUACUAAGCCAUGUAUAGUUGAAGGGACAGGUUCAUGGUUCAGUGUGUGCUCAUUAGUCAAAAUGCUGUUUUUCUGCCGGGACAUGCUGUAUCAUCUAUGCAAGCAAUAUGAUUGUGUCAUAAUGUUGUCAAGGAACCAAGCCGCACACUCCCCUGGCAGGCACUUGAUCAACUUAUGUGCAAAUAGCUGUAAAUUCAUCAACCAUGGAAUAAAACCUUCCAGUCAACAAUAAAUUCAGCGUUGGUAGUGUUGGCAUAAUCCACUAAUUUUUUAGUACUAAUCCUUUGGUGUUGGCAUAAUCCACUAAUUUUUUAGUACUAAUCCACUAAUUUUUUAGUACUCCUCCAUCUUACUUCAGGUUGCUCUGAAAUACACUUGUAGUUUGAAAUACACUCUGAGAUUGCUGAGAGACAUGUUAUUGGGAUUAUUAAAUGAUAGAAUUAAAAAUGUAAUUUCAUUAAUGAGCAUGUGCUGAACCGUGAACCUGUCCCUUUAACACUUUUAAGAAGAAUCAUCAAUGCUUUUCCUAUUCUGCCCAUAAAUGCAAAAAAUUAGUCAGAUGAUCUGUACAUAAGAUGUAAACUUGAGUUGUAAAAGAAACGUUUUAAAAUUAUUUUGUGUAAUACCCUUUCAGCUCAGUUAUUUUUUCACUCUGCAUGCUUUGAUAAACCUCUUACAACCUUUUGUGAUUUUCCAUAUUCCAGAUAUGAAUUUAAGGACAGUAAAGUUUGGUAUGUCACAGUUUGUGGACAUCCUUGUUAAAAGUCUUUUUGCUUAUGAUAACUCAUCUGUGAAUAUUGCAUGUAUGAUAAACAGAUAAAAAUUUUAUUUUAAAAUGAAAGUAGAAUCUGUUAUUAAACUUACAGUCAAUUCACCUGGAAUAAAAAAUUUAAGUAGUCCUUUCAUUUACCAACUAAAUUCAACCAAACAUGAAUUACUAUUAAAAGAAUAGAUUAAGCUCCCCUCAUUAAGGUACAGAUCAGUUCAUGGUUCAAUUUCUGUAAUAAUUCCAGCAAUGUUUUAUCUUUAAUUUUAAUGCCUGUGAUGGCUUAUCUGUGGACUUAAAGUUAGAACCAACUUUUUCAGACUAAAAUGGAUCCAUGGGUUAGAAUGUUAUAGAUAACUAGAACAUUGACCCUUAAUUUCAUGUUAAAAUGAUAAUUUUUCAUCAAGUUACUACCCAUUGAAGUAAGCUCCUAACAAUUUUAAAACCUUAGUUGUGCAGCUAAUUUGCAAUUUAUUAUAACCAAAUCCGUAGAACCUUCUUGAGCUAUGCUUGAGCAUGGAAGUAAAUGAAAUUAAUGUACUGUGAACUGAAUUGUAAAAAAAAUUGUUUUUUAACUUGUCAGGUCAAAUACAAUAACUCGCAGACCAGGUGCAGGGAGUAUGAUGGUUCAUGCUUGGUUUUCAAGUACCGCUGCGUCAGCAAAAACAAUGUGGACAAUGGCGAUAAGCCAACAUCAGUUUUACCUGGACAAGAAACAAGUAGAGGUGAGAGGGAAACAAAGCUGACUGUGUUUAAACCCUUGUCCCAAAUCAGAUAAUAAUUAUUAGAUGGGUAGGUAGUAGUGAUGUUGGGCUCUUGUCUCUUGAUCUUAAGUUGCAAGAAAGCCCAUAUCAUUGUUUAACGUGAUAGGGUUAUGGGUAUGUAUCCUUCCUGUUGUGUUAUAUCCCUAAAAUGGAUUGAGAGUACAUGUUGUCAAAUGCAGUACAUCAAUUUUUUUUCUUUUUUUUGCCUAAAAAUUUACUUGUCAGCAAUUCUCUUAUGUGCCAUUUGCACAUUUCCCAUAAUACACCUUGCCCCCCCACCCCUCCAGACAAAACAAAACAAAAGUAUAAUCAUUGUCUUCAAUUUCUCUUGGGGCAACUGUAAUGCCCAGAAGGAAUUAACAACAAAGGUAAUGCAAAAUUUUGGGGGCACAGAAGGGGUAUUAUGGGAGUUGUGCAAAUUAAUGCCAAUUUGUUACAUCAUUUAUGUUGGUCACCAUAAGUGUUAUGGCUGCAACCAUGUUGUGGCAAAUUUCAUCAGUCCUUUUACAUUGUAUUUGUGAAGUUGUAAUCCUGCGAGUGCACUGUUGCAGGCUAGGGUCACGUUGCGUAGAACUCUUCGAGACAUGGCACGUGAGCUGUCACUGUCCACAGGCUCUCUCCCAUCAUCAACUUCAGACAGCCUGAGCACAAAGAGUGACCAGUCCCAUAGUUUAUCCAGCCUGAGCAUCAAUGGAGGUAAAUUUAGUCUUGUUUUCUGUAUUCUCGAAUACUUCCCUCAAACUGGGUAACUUUGGAACACAAAACAAUCCACACCCCUUCCCCCUCCCCUAAGUCACUUUCAUUACGUUUUCCUGACAUUGUUGCCUGUGUUUAUGUUGUGGGUAAAAUCUGUUCUCGGCUUAAACCAGCAUUCAAUCUACAGCUGUAGUUUGAUUUAGAACUUUCCUUUUUUUUCCUAGCCCUAAAUAUUUACAGCAGACAAAGGAGACAUAGGAGACAAAGGAGCUCCUGGUUUAACCUGAAAACGUAUUUUACCCUGACAUACAUGUAUCCUCUUCAUAGUAAAUGAAACCCCACUGGAUAAAAAGAAAAAUGCCUCAGAAGUUUGAACGCAGUGCACCUCUUACCACUCUGAAGAAUUUUAAAAUAGGGGUGAAGUGAAUAAAAAAGGAACUCAAAAAGACGUAAAAAUAGUGACUGCAAAUAGUUAGUAGCGGUCAAGGUUACAGUGAUUAAGGAAAAUGAGUUUUGGGACUUUGUCUCAAAUCAACAUAAAUUAGCAUCAUUACUUGAGUAAUGUUUAAACUUUUCUUGAAUACUCUUUUUCCUCCUACAGGUGAUAACUUGUCUUCUCUUCCCAAGGCUGUAGAUCGUGAGAGGUUAACAGCUUUGGCGGCAAGAAAAGAAGCUCUUUUGGAAAAAUUGUCAGAUAAGAUGGAUGAACUGAAAAAGUUGUGCAUUCAAGAGGCAGUAAGUGUUCUAAGUCUGGUUCCAUAGGUGCUACAAACAAGCCUCCAAGAGUCAUUAUUUUUUUUGUCUUUGUGCCAUAAUAAAAGUGAUAAAUUGCCCGUAAACCUUAAGAGAAUAAUGGAGCAAGUCAUCGUUUCAUUGACGUGGUAGAGCUUAUGCUUGUCACUCUUCUCAAUUCUGCUGAAUCUCUCCAUCUCUCUUGGCUCUAUUCUGUUACGAAAAAGAUGCAGUAAUUGACAGUCAAUUGUUUUCAACUUGUUAGGUUCUUUCAGUUUCCUCUAGGCUGGGCAGACAAAAAACCUAGUUUCUUCCCCCCUCCCCAUCCCCACCAAAAUAAAGGAAAGACAUGGAAAAAUGAAAAUAAAAUAGAAUCGAAAGAUAAUGAAUAAGUAAAGUGAAGCCUCGAUGUUACGAAGGGUCUGAGGAACUGGCAAAUCAUGUUCGCUAUUACGAGGUUUCGUUAUAUCGAUGUUCUUUCCCUCAUAAUUUACUAUUCCUGGGGCGAGGAUUAUCGUUCGUCAUACCUACAAUAGCACUUCGUUACAUAGGGCGAGUUAUUUACACGUACUUUAGCCAGUGUUUAACAAAACCGCGUUCUAAACUAUUUUCAACUUGCCCAACGGUUUUAUCUAAACACCAUUUAUUAUGAACAGUUUUAUGAAAGCAUAUAAAGUAGACAAAAAAGCAAUCAUUAUCUUCUUAGAAUAACCCACUAAGGAAGAGAUCUGGAGGUCCAAAGAUUUGUUAAACCGCGGCUUAAGUUAGACUUUGUUUAAAUAACCGACCCAUAGAGAUUCGUUAUAGCGAGGUCCCAAUACUGUAUAUAAAAAGGGGACAAGUACUCUAAAUGUUUGCCUGGAACUCUCUAGAGACUCCUCCUCAUUUAUUAAACUGUAACAUUGCUCUGAGGUUUCCAAUGUGGGUAUUUGAAUUGGAUCCUCACGUUUCGAAAGCUUCAGUUGUAUUAAGUUUUUAGAAUGUCAAGCAGACUAAAAAAGACCCUUGACACUCCUGUAGCUAUUUUAAAAGACUUUAAAACAGCUAUGAAUGUGAACCAAAUUUUUUUUCUUUUUUUUUGGUUCCAAGGAGCUGACUGGCGAGUAUCCUCCUGAGACACCAUAUACCCCUGGAACGCCCCUCCCACCCAUCAGACGGAGAGUGCGGACCGCCUUUGAGUUUUCUGAGUUCAUCAUCAGUGGAGAGAACGAUAAGGUAAAUACACUGAUUAACGUAGACUCUAUCUAUCUGAGAUAAUGAAUAUAUGAAUUUCAUAUAUUGGAACUGCGGAAUGAAGAAAUAAAUGCAAAGAAGAUCAUGGUAGUUAAAGACGCAACUUACGCGGGAAAGAUGAAGAUUAAAUAAAUUGGAUAAGUUUUGUCUUAAACUGCGAUGAUCUUCUUUGCAUCUACUUACUCUGUCUGUUCUUACGCUGAAUUCUUUUUACGCUCGACAAUCACUUGGGACCAACAAACUCUAGAACUAUUAAACUAGUGAAACUACGUUUGACCAGCAAACUCUGAUGUCGCUCUGCCUCAGUCUGUUUUCCGUGUCCCGGGCUUAGUGUGUUUUCCACCUUUAAAAACGAAGCCUGCGCCUCCCUGUAAGGGUUUGUAUACCUUGACUGUGCAUUUAAAUAAGCAUUCUCGGUAUAACCGACGAAGCGCUCACCCAGUACUGUUGAUGCCUAAAAAUCCACACGCACCUUCGGCAUUUAGUGCAAAAUCGUUUUGCAAAGGCAAAUUCCCGCAUUUUGCUCUGAGGGAGAACUUGUAUUCAAGGAUCUGCAAUUCGGCUAGUCAUGUUACUAAAUUCCGUAUUGUGCAGUAUAUGUGAGUCAUUCGAACUGUAAAUGAAGUGGCUAUGGCUUACUAUAUUAAAUUUUGGAAUCUUGGAAUGUUUCUAUAUUGAUCUCCGCUAUUUUUUUUCCCUCUGUCUCUCUUCAAGAACGAGGAAAUCAAGAAAAUGGCCAGAGAAGUUGAGAUCCAGACUCAGAUCACUAAUGCAGCUCAGGUAAGAACAAAAGAGAAUAGUGAAACAUUUUGAUUGUUCAUGAAGCAGAAAGACGUUUGGCCGUUUUGUAUCGUUCGGACUUGCAAAUCUUACCAAGCGAUUAGCGAUUUUAGGACGCAAAGCAGUUCGCCACUUUAGAAACGAGAAGGGAACUGCAGUGGCGGAUCCAGGGGAGGGGCCCGCGGGGACGCCCUCCCCCCUUAUUUUUAGACCAAACUGAGGCCCGAAGAGGCGAAAAAUAAUUUUUUGUGACCGCCAUCCCUUCCUUAUCUGAAGGUGAACUGGAGCCAAAAUGCGUCCCGCAAUUGAUUCUGGGAUCGUUGCUGUAGACGCGCCGGUGGUAGCUAUUGGCCAAUUUUUUUCCCUGUCCCUAGUAACAGUCCCAGAGGUGUUUGCGAAGGUUAACUCGGCCCAGUUUCCCGCCUUAGGUCAGUAUUAGAUCCCAUUGGCCUAAACCCCUUGGACACCUUAUGAAGUUUAGACAACGUAGUAUUCUUUAUUGCUUCUACUCUACACUUGGAUAAAAUUUCUAAGUUUCUUGGCAUUUCUGCUCAGCCAGGAAAUGUUCAUGAAAGGGUAAGUCUCUUCAAUUUUUAAGGGAAAAAAUUCAGAAAAGCGAAAUUAAUAAUCGAACCCGGAACGUAGUGAAUGCAGUCCAUCACCUAUACCACGACGUUUGCUGGCGAGCAUUGGUUUGAUUUGAAGCUAUAUAGCAACAACCCUAACCCUAAAUAGAAACUAACCGUUUAGAGUCGGUGUUUAAUCCUAAUCAGUAUUGUUACUUAUCCUUAAUCACUUUAGUCCAGUGCUCGAAACUGAAGCGGUAAGGAAUACUAUGUUGUUUAAACUUAAUAAGGUGUCCAAGGGAGUUUUGGCCGAUGGGAUCUCAUGCUAACCUUGGCGUUAGGCCUCUCCCCGAUUUUCUCGCCCCAGUCUCUUCCUUUCUGUGGUAAAGCUGGCAGAAUAAUACUUUUGUCAUGAACAUCAUUUAUCAAAAUCGGGGAGUUUUCUCUUCCGGUGAAUUUUGAAUGUGUGUGUGUGGAGCUCCCAUCUCAGUGGAACAACAAGUAUAAGAUGAGGAAGGAUUCAAUGGCAAACCGCGUUUGGCCUUUUUUUCAUGCGCUGGUCAUAUUGUUUGGUUGGUUUUUGUUCAAAGAAGGUAGCAUAGCGACUGUUUGCCUCACCUAUUUUAAUAUAUCAAUGCGCCAACCACUGAGGAUUAUCGACUCUAAAACAAUCGCGAGUGAACUCAAAUUACUAAGGUAAAUAGUCGCGCUCACUUGUAAAACCCGUUGAAGGUAACGUUUGUUCUGCUACUAUUUGGCUUUUCUCUGAAUGACUGAAACAGAUUUUCAGCAGCAGGGUAGAUAUCGUCAAUUGCCGACUGUUGUUUGUUUGCUUGUUUGUUUGUUUAUAUACGCAUUAAUUCAACAAUUUAAUUCAUUAAUUCUAGCAACUAGCGGAAGACCGCAGUGCUAAUAAGAAUGUGAGAAAGACCAGAAAGUUAACCUACCAAAAGUCUCUGAGAAGAGUGAGUAUUUUAUUUUUCCUUUUUGUUUUCCAUGUUUUUAUUUUCGCUUUUGUUUUAUUGCAUACUUGUAACUGUUGUUGUCUCUAUUCUGAUUGUGCAUGCCACCUUGAUCUUUCCACUCGUUCUUGUAGCUAAAAGACAUGGAGGAGAAUCUGAGAAGAGUUCAAGGAUCUCGAUUGGCUUCGGAGUCAAACCACGGUAAUGCAAGUUAAGACUGGUACCGAUUACAAAUUAAGUGAUUUCACUGCAUCAUCAUUUAUGUGAUUUAGUGAGGCUUAAAGUGACGUGGCAAACAGAAAAAUUCCAUAAGUCUGGUAAAGUUUAAGUUGGGAUAGAAAAGUGAAAACUUUUCUUUAUUUUCCGCGAGACGCUGGGUACACACUGACACCUCCACGUAUCACUUCUCCUCUCGGCUGGAGGUUUCUUAUUCUCUCGUUUGAUCGGCAAUCGUUUCAGUUGUCAUGAUGAACCAGGGUUGUCACUAAGAUUUCAAGUUGCCGGGUAAACACAACAAGUAGGCGGGGAAUCAAACGGCUAGGGAUUUCUUUUGGUUCUAUUUUUCUUCUAUUUUCCAAUAAAAGUAGCCGGGGAAAAUCUCCGGCCCCCGGCUCUUAAUGACAACCCUGUUGUGAACCUACUUACAUUGAACCCCUCAUUUUCCUGAUCUACUAAGGUAGUUGAAUCCAAGAGAAAAUAUCGUAACACAGGUUAUUUCACUUCAACGAAGGUAAACUUCGCAUUCUUGAACCAUGAAGAUAAGAGGCUGUCUGUCCUUGUUUUUUUACGCUCUUUUUGACCUUUAUUGUUUCGUUUUUUUAACUUUUGACAGGUCUAAGAGAUGGCAAUGCUGGAAUAGGUAAGUAAGCUGUAGCAAGGUCAAGCAAUAGCCAGAGAAAACAGGCGACAUUUCGCGACGACAACACUGGUUUCGCCGCGAAAUGACGUCUGAGAACCGAGGGCAGAAAUUCCAUAGUACUAGUGAUGACAUGCCACUACUCAGCUCUGGGUGGUGCUUCUGAUUGGUUGAAGCAAGUUUUCAACCAAUCAGAAGCACUACCCAUAUUGCGGUAGCGAAACGUCAUCAGUAUAGAAUUUCUGCGCUCGUUACUCAGUUUCCAUCGGGGAAACCGUUGGUGGAGUCGCGAAAUGUCGGCAAUUUUCUCAGGCUACGUCCCUUACCGUACUUUGGCUAAAAACGUCUUACGCUGCGCGUUGGCUGAUAGCAGAGCCAGAAGUUUAAGUGAAAGGCCUUUAUUUUACGUCGGUAACUCGUGAACAGUACACAUUACACUGACAUGCCUGAGGCCGACGGUGCUGUCAUUUACCCCCUUCUCUCUCCAUCAGUGCUCCCUUUAAUGGAUAUUUAAAGCUACUUUAAGCUACACGGAAAGGAAAAUUGUUGAAAUAAGGAUUUCAGGUCACACUUGUGCUCGAACUCGAAUCCUCUUACACAGUAGGCCGCUUACUAAGCAACUGUGCUAAUCCUUGCUGCCAGUCACGUAAUAACGUGACUUUAAUUGGAGAAAAUACUGGUCUCAGUGUUAACUGGAUAAAGUAACUGAGUCAAUUUUACCAGUCAAUCAAUAAGUAACUGGAUUUUCUGUUCUUUUGAAUAGGGCUUUAUCGUACGACUUCAUCUUCCGACGCCAACAGCUACACAAAAGCUGAAAGGUUAGACCCUCGUCGCUAUCGAACAAGUGCCAGCCUGAGCGUUAGUUCACGGGCGUCAAGCACUUAUAGCGCGGAAAGCUUUCCAAGCGACCGGGAGUCCUACAGCGGACCCCCCUCUCCGGUCAUGUCACCGUAUAGGAGAGCUCCCCCAAGCCCUGCCACGCGAUCUUAUCAGGGAUUUCCAGAAACAAGACGGAUGCGUAGCCCGCCCUCUAACCGUCCACGAGCGGGGAGAUUAUCACCCCGCGAAGAAAACUCUCGAGCAGUUCCGGCAUUUCAGUAUUCGGAUAGCGAGGACUCGUCCACGAAGCCUUCUUCGGCUAGUUCGUAUGCGAACUCGGAAGAAAAUGGCGAACCUUACUGGCCUCACCGGAGGAUGGGAAACUCAUGCGAUAGCCUAAAUGAAAAUCAGCGUCGAGGCCCCAGUCCCCGGUUGAUUAUCAGUCGCUCGGCCGGACAGAGUUAUGAGAGUCUGAACAGUGAUCAGGAAGGUAGCAGUUCACCAUAUAGUCCAGGCCCCAUGCGGACUCAACGAUCAUUUUCGUUUGAUGCUCGUCCUGUAAACUCAAAGCUGUCGGGAGUGAGAUACCUAAAUACUAGUGACUUGGGAAUUGUGAGCACUUCUGGUGCCGCUGGCAGUUAUUCUGUCAAUCAUAACUCAAAGAUUCCGCCUGGUCUUUCCAGGAGAGGAUACUUUUCUACUUCUCUCUCCACCAUUAGUAAAGCAAACACGAAGUCUGAUUCGAAUUUAAGAACAGCCAAAUCUCAAGUUCACAUGUCUACGCCUUACUUGACAAACCCGGGAUAUUAUCGAACUAAUCGGCUUUCAGGGCCGUCAAUAUUUGAAGAGGACUUGCUCGAGUGGAGAGCGUCUGACGAGACAGAAGCAACGCUGGUGUGAAGAAAAAUGGAUGGAAGGAGGAAAGUUACAUCAAAACCUGUCUAAUAUCUUGCUAGUCCUCCUGAGACCCUGCGAAUCUAUAGAAAAGUGCUUACGAGUACUUGCCAGUCUCUUUGAAUUCAUUAACAGGGUAUCAUAAAAAGGGAUGCAUUUCUCUUUGGGAUAAGAAUAUUCCAGAUCACUAAGGAAAAUAAAUGAAGGAUUCCACAAGCUGCCCUGGAUUAUUAUAGACGAUUUCUACUAGUCCUCGAGAUAUAAUUACAUGGAUUGUAUUUCACUACAUCUCGUUCAUAUUGUUGUUCGAUAUGAGCAUCAACAAAGAAGGAUUUUUUUGUAGUCGUUUGAAUUAAUUUGUAUAGACAUUGAAUAUAAAACUGGCCAAACAAAUGCCGAGCUUAAGUUAUGCUAACUGCUGAGGCUCCUUAGAGCCUCGUAAUCCACACCGUGACGAUCUUAAAGCUUGGCAUAAGGUCAGGGUAACCGUUGGGUGAAAACCUGGAAACGUUUUAAAUAAUGGCACAGAAAAACGGGCCGGUAAUGCAAUAAACUUGGUUCUUAUUGGUAUUUUUAAGGUGAUAGUGCUUUGUACAGAUUGUAAUAAGUUAGGUAUAUUUUUAUAGUCUUUUACGUCUUGUUAUGUAGGUUACACUGUCAUUUAUGUUUAAAAUUGAGGAUUGAUCUGUAAUUUUUUUUCUGUUCGACUCUAAUCAUCGAAAUUCCUCCGCUACUACACAGAUGUAUUGGAUCACGGUCCCUUGAAAUCUGCGGCACUUGAUUUCUCGUGCUGUUUCUGAGUGAGAACUGAACGAUAGGGAAAUGUUAAGGUAUUUGCACGGUAGAUUGUGAAGGAUUUCGAUUCGAGGAUGACAACUCAGUAGCCUGCGAACAGCAGAAGUAUUUCCGGGCGUCGCUUCUGCCCCUCCGAAAAAUAGAGGGAGAGAAGCGACGACCGGAAAUACGUCUGCUGUUCGCAGGCUAACAACUCAGUGGCUUUGUCUAAUUUAUUUUGAUAGGUGGUUUCUUGGUGUUGUGGAUGGGUACAGUCACCAAAUGACUGAAUACAAAAGACUGAAAAUACACUGAACAAUAUCCACCACAUUGCACAAAAGCCAAACAAUAGUUUCCACAACACCAAGAAACAGUCAUUUUACAUAAUCAGUUAAGAGUAUUUCAAGUUAUAAAUAUUUUCAAUUAUAUUUUGCGUUGCAAUAAGAGGUGCAAUCUGAAGAAGUCGCAAUAAUGCCUUUUUGUUUUUAGCGUUACCGCUGAGUGUAAACACUAUCGACACCUUCUGCAAUGUUAGUCACAUUUUGAAGUACGAUGUAUUUGCAAAUACCUUAGGAAGGCACUUGAAUCUUGAAGUGCAAAUAGUACGUAAAGUCAGCGGAUUAUCUCGCUGGAUUUCAAUAGUGUUUCCUCGCGGCGGUUACGGUCAAUUCAAAACGCCCAUUAAUCUCAAAAGGAUUCUUUUACAAUAGAAAUAUCGGUUGUUACAAUAAUUAUAUCUUGUAAAUAGCUUAUGCAAAUGAAUAUCAUUUCAAUG